AUGGUCCUGCGAAAACGAGCUCCGCCACGUCUCCAAAGUCUCGGCCAAGCCUACGAUUCUGCAGACCCUCGUUAUCUGUCGUCUAAAUCCUCACCAACCUCCAAGUCAUUGUCGUCGUCGUCCCCAAAGCGUCUUACCCGCCCUCGAAGGGCUCAAAGCACCCCCCAACCUCAGCGGGCCGCUUCCCCCGACUCCAUCUUCUAUCCCGACCUCAACACUUCACCGGCAUUUGACCUGAUGCCUUUAGAACAGGCGCAGAAGUCUCCAACCAGGGCCUCUCCCGGUGAUGCCACGAAUGCAUGGGCGGACGAGCUCGUGGAGAGGUUCAACCUCGACUCGCAUGAGUCCUCCGGUCUAGCGCAACCUACGCCAACAACAGGAAAUAGUAGGGUCGCCCGUGUACCAACAGUCUUGACUCCCGGAGCUCAUGGAAGGCCCCAUACAAACGAGUGGCGGCAGCCACAACAUCAAAAUGCCGGGAAUGGCUCUGAAUGGGAUCCGCACUCGGGCCAGCAUUCUUCUAUGCCGCUGCAGUCCAAUAACCCGUUCCUCAAGCCAAGAGUGCCUUCCGGAGCGAACCCGUGGGAAGAUCCCCAGUCCCGUGCUUCAUAUGGUGAAACAUCAUCGAUCUCCCAGGACGGGGCAAGUGUCCGCUUAGGUCAAGACGAAGGCUAUAUCCCGAUGACCGCACGCUUGUCGCUCUUGGAACAGCCUGACGAGGCGUCCCCGUGGGCUGACGAACAUACCAACACUGCCACGCAACCCACGCCACAUUCGCAAGUCGAGCCUGCUCAGCAUUUGCAUGAGCCAGGCAGACUAUCGCCAGAUAGAAGCAUAAGUACCCCGGCAUCUUUAGAUACCACUGCUACGGGCUCAUCUCAUGUUCUUAUCGACUUGAACGAUGCUCCUCCUUCGCAGAUUGGGGAAUCCAGCCGAUUAGGUCCCACGGAAUAUGGAAUCAUGAACUCAUCUCCCAAUAUGUCUCAGCCACAGAAGCGUGUUUCAGGUCCACCUUUACCGGAACGACCGAAAACGACAUCCGAGCCGACUGCAGAGGCCCAUACUCAGUCACCACUAACGGCUCCAUUAACUGAAAUAGAAAUGCAGCGCCAGCAGGAGCAAAGAUCCGAGACCUAUUCCAUUCGGCAUGUUCAUUGGACGAACACGACAGGCAUCCUCUGCGACUCACCAGUUCUCAUACAGAAUAAAAAUGGUCCAUGUCCUCUCUUAGCACUAGUGAACGCCCUUGUUCUACGUGCAGCAGGGCAAGAAGUUCACCCACCCAUCGUACGGGCUUUACAGACUAGAGAGCAGAUCUCUUUAGGGUUGUUGAUAGAAGCAUUGUUUGACGAGCUUACGACAUGCCUGAGCCCGAACGAUGAACUUCCGGACAUCGAGGCUCUCAGUCGCUUUUUGACUAUGCUACAUACCGGCAUGAAUGUCAAUCCACGACUCACAUUGGAGUCCGAGGAUAGCCUUGGCACUUUUCUUCAGACUGAUGUUAUCCGGCUGUAUAGUACAUUCGGCGUACCAUUGGUUCAUGGCUGGGUAGCCGCUCCAUCUAUGGAAGCCCAUGCAGCCUUGGACCGGGUAGCGCAGUUUUACGAGGAUAUCCAGCUUCUUCCCUUUCGUAUGCAGGAGCUCGAAGAUCGGGUCAUCCAAGGAGGCUCGCUUACGCCUCAGGAGGAACAAACUAUGCAGGAUAUACACACCAUCCAUGACUUUACCGAUGUGGAAAAUGCAACUCAGUUGAGUCCCUUCGGCCUCGAUCAAUUGCUGGCAAAGUUGCAGCCGGGGUCACUGUCCAUUCUUUUCCGCAAUGACCAUUUCACAACGCUCUACAAACACCCACAGCUCAAUCGGUUAUUCACACUAGUCACCGACGCUGGCUAUGCCUCUCAUGCGGAAGUUGUGUGGGAGAGCCUUGUUGACGUAAAUGGAUCAAACACCAGUUACUAUGCCGGAGACUUCCGCCCUGUCAGCCAUGAUGCUCCUAGGGCGUCUGAUCCCUCCGGUCCACGAACCUCAAGCAAUCCAAGAGACUCUCUACCAGCGCCUCCGGAACGGCAAAGUGCCAAACUCACUCCUCAGGAGCAGGCGGACGCUGACUACGCUUACGCUCUGUCCCUGCAGUACCAGGAAGAAGAACAGAGAGAAAGCACCGCCAGCAAUGACAGAAAUCCGACCCAUCGCGCCUCCAUGUCCAAUGCCUCCACUGGUGUAUCCCGCGAAUCAGCCUAUGCUCACAAUCGUUCAUCUAGUGGUGUCAACGUCAGCAGCACUGGCAGCGGAGGCACGUACGCGGCAGCUGCGCGAAACCAGCCAUCGCGACAAAGUCAGGGCUCAGGACGACGCUCGCAGACACGCUUUACAACCCAUCGUCCUGUGCACGACGAUGAAGCCCCGCCACCUUCUUACGAGCAGGCCGCCAGUAGUCCGAUCUAUCCGUCGCCUCAACGGAGCGCCGUUAACUCUACGGAAACGCCUUACCCACGAACCACGGCCGGAAGACGACCCUAUGGGAACUCCAUCUCAGCGGGGUCUGCAGAGCGCCCCAAAGACCGGAAUAAGGAUUGCGUGGUCAUGUGA